UUGUUCCUUGCUGGCAUCAUUCCCGGUCCCACCCAUCCAUCAAUGGAGGAGAUAAAUCCAAUGCUUGCUCCUCUGGUGGAUGAUUUCCUCGAUUUGUGGCAUCAUGGAGUCUAUUACACUGCCACGCCUUGCCAUCCAUCUGGAAAAUUAUGCAAAUCUGCCAUCAUUCCUUUAAUCUGUGACAUAUUGGCUGCUCGCCAAGCAGCUGGUUUUGCUGGACAUGGUCAUCGAUAUUUUUGCUCUUUCUGCCUUCUGAAUCUCAGCAAUAUUGAGGACCUCAAUUGGCAAGAAUGGCCCAUGCGUUCAUGCGAUGAACACCGUUCACAUGCUCAACGAUGGCGAGAUGCACGCAGCAUAGAAGAGCGCCAACAAAUCUAUGAUGAAGCUGGUGUGCGGUGGUCGGAACUCCUCCGUCUUCCCUACUGGAAUCCCAUAAAGUACACUGCACUUGAUCCGAUGCACGCGUUAUUCUUAAACGCUUUCGGCACUCACAUCGAGAAGAUUUGGGGUGUGAAUAUGGGCGUCGAGGGCGAUCUCCAAGGAAUCACUUUUGAAACAUCCAAGAGGCCACUCACAUCAAACGAGAUGCAAGGUGCAUAUGUGAUCUUGCGAACCGGGUCCAACACAUCUCUUGAAAAACUGAGAGUGGACGUGCUCCGCUGCUUAUGCAAGGAGCAGAACCUCCGCUUUUCCGGGAAGAAGAAUCUUCUCUUGGACCGUUUACAAACAUUAGUGCGUAGUCUUCAUUCAAAAUAUUCCUCAAUUCCUGCCUCUGAUGAUAACGGCCUCGGUAAAGCAGCUGUGCACAAAGCAUCUCACCUUACUGGACCUGCUAACACCUCUCUUGCAACUGGAUCGGCUCCUAACACUGGAUUGGCUCCUAACACUCAGCCAUUGGUUGGCACCAGUAGUCAGCACGUUAUUACGCAGGAGGAGUUGGCCAAAGCGGAAGACGUACUAGAGCGAGGAAGCAAGACCAACCUCAGUGCCUUGUCAACUGCCGCACUGCAUGCAUUGUGCAGGACGUAUCUCAACAGAACUGACUACAAAGACAUGAAUCGAGCUACCAGCCUUUCAAGAGCCUCAACGAAGAGCAGGGUCCUCGGUAGACGCAUCUUGGAACGUAUUUGGUCGGACAUGGACGAGAUUAUUCUACCAUCAUGGGUCAGCAGAGUGCCGCGACGUACCGGAUCUUCCGUAAACGCGACUGGUCUUGGGCUUGGUGCAGAUGAAUGGCGCACUUUCUGCUCCAUUCAUCUUACAACGACCUUGAUUUACUUAUGGGGCAUCUCACCAGAGCAUUCACGAGAAUACAAUCUUCUCGCAAAUUUCAUGGACCUGGUGACAGCGGUCAAGCUGGCCACGAGGAGAAUUAUCACAGCGGAAAUUCGCGAGAGCUGUCGAAGCUAUAUGCAUCACUAUUUGACUACACUUCUCGAGCUCUUCCCUGGAGCGACAAUCCGGCCCAACCAACAUAUGCUCCUCCAUUUACCGGAUAUACUGCAGACCCUGGGACCCGCACCAUCAAUCUGGUGCUUUGGUUUUGAGAGAGCGAACUAUAUUUUGCAACAGACACCCACAAACAAUAGAAUGGACGACUUGUCAUCGACUCUUCUAACGCGUUUUUGCUGUAAACAGGCAUUGCGGAAUCUAUUCACUUCUGUUGUACUGCCUCCGUCAGUCCGCCAACUGAUACCUAAUUUCGUGCAUUCAUUUCAGUCCGAUACACGAGGCACUCUUCUCACCGAUAUCCUAGCACUGGGACCGCCAGAGUCACAACCCGAGAACCCAUCCUUCGAUGGACAUGCACGCUUGCGAAUGUCUGAAUACUCGCUCCUGCCAGAUUACAUCGUCGACUUGCUACGCAAUCGAAUGAUGAUGGACUACUCGCUGGCUGGCAUUGAAAGCUGGACCGGCUCUAUCAACCCAUACGUAGUCUCGCUCGACAGCGUGGAGUAUCGUGGCGUUCUGUAUAAAGUGUCCACCUGUUCCCUUGGAGAUAGCAAUGUCAUUUUCACCAGCCAAUUACGAGGACAAUGGAGGGCAGGACAGGUCGCGCACAUGUUCCGCUAUAAGCAAAUACACGGAGAGUGCAAAUUCGUCCAGGACUACCUCGUUGUAAAGGAAUUCGUCCCUUUGACGUCAGAGGACUCGCGCUUGGAUCCGUAUCGGAGAUUCCCAGUUGCAGGCGGAAGACUUUUCCGCGAUGCAUUCAAGCCCGAGAUACAACUUCUCACAACGAAGGAUUUGCUGUGUCAUUUCGCGAUGCUGCCGCGGCUCCUACCGAAGGGUUCGGUGAAAUGCAUCCAUGUUCUCCCUCUAGACAAAGUGAGUAUUCUC